CUCCGCAGGAUCUCUUCCAUUUCCUUUCUACUUUCCCCCAUUCCCUGUAAGGAGCUGAGAACACCUCGAUUUGGCUACCUGGUGCAAGGGACGACCAAGCUCUUCAGCAACACCAUGUGGCGCACUCAUUUGGGUAAAUUUGACGACACCGUGAUGUCUGCGGAGGAGCAAACGAUUCGAGCUGAACUCGAGACUGACAUAGAAACGAAUUUAGAAGAAGAGCUCAAAGAUGAUAUAUGCCGUCUCACGGUCAGCCUCCACAGACUGUACCUGCACAAGAAGGACAUGAACGACAAGCUUACCUCAUCGAACGACAACAGUACUGAAGCGACCACUGUGGUGAAGAUAACGACGAAGACAGUGGGAGAGUACAUGAUGCAGAUAUAUGAAAGCAAAACAACUGCUCUCGACGUGGUUAGACACUGCAGUUCUCGAUCUAAAGCCACGCAAGGAAAGGUGUAUGGCGGCAACAAGCAGACGGAAUGGGCGAAGACUCUUCUCUCCACAAGCGGCUCUACUGUCGCCGCCGGCAAGAAGCAUGGAAGCUUUGAUCGAUAUGGUAAGUCUCCAAAUGUCAAGCCUCUUAAAAAGGAAGGAAGGAGUUCGUGUGGUGCAUCGAGUCAAACAAGCAAACCAAAUGAGAGGAACAAAAAGAAGCUACUUGAAUUGGGCUGGAAAUACUAAGGAAUGGUUGGAGCAUUCUACCAAAAUAAGAUGUUGUUCAGUGAAAAUGUAUACUUCGGACUUAAAAGGAAUUGUUCUUCA